GAUGUAUGUUUCGGAUUAUUUUAAUUUGUGAUCAAUAUAAUAUAAAGUUUCGUUCUUUGUUUAAGUAGGGCAGUUCCAUGAAAAGGUCAACCAUGGUAGCAAAUAUUAAAAUUAACAUAACCUAGAAAUGUUUUAUAUCAUUGGAAAGCUAACAUAUUUCUCUACCAGAAACUAGGCCUUAGAUUAGUCUUUAACUUUGUGAUGUAAUUAAUAAUGAUGAACAAACCUAAUAAAAAUUAUUCUCUUAGUAGUUUCAAUUGUACGCAAAUUGCUUUCUUGGCUGAUCUUGAUGACAUACUAAUACUAUAUUAGAUUGGUUUCUAAGCCAUUCAAUUUGUGUGGCCUAAUGCUACACGUAGAAACUAUAAUUAAGAAGACUAAAUCAUAUAACUGUUCUAUAAACCUCCCUCAAAGCAGGUGUUUUUUUAGUUUUACGUCCGACACCAAAAUGUGUAUUCAGUUUUAUACAGCCCACAAGGCUAGUGAUAUAAUUCUAACAACCCACAUACAAAGUAGGUUUGUACUGAUCUUUACUUUCUAUACAUAACAAAAGAUUGCUAUGAAUUAACUUUUUAUAUAACUGGGGGGUCGGACGUAAAAAUAAUUUUACGUCCGACACUUUACGUCCGACACCAAAUUUAAUAAUAUUUACAUUUAAUACCAAAUUAUAUUUUCAGUGAUUUUAUGAAGUAAUUAACCGCCUAUAUUGUAAAUAUCUUUAUUUAUAUUUGUAGAACAUAAUUUUUGUUUUGUAAGUUGUCACACCUGCACUUGUGCAUUUUGGUUAUUCACAUGUCACCCAUGCUGGCCUUCACAGUCCUUUCUAUUGUUGAAACUGCAGUAUUUUUGUAGUGAAAUACAUUCUUCAACAGAUAAAGAAAGCUACACCAACAGCAGUGUCAUGGCAAAGAUCAGCAACAAAGAAAAGAUGGCACGUCGCAGAGCAAGAAUUAAGGGUGGUGAUCCAGUAAAAAGAGCAGAAUUAUUAGAGAAAGAUCGAUUAAGGAAAGCUAAAUAUAGAAAACAACAGAAGGAAAGUAUGUCUGAGCCAGAACUGAAGAAGUUACGUGCAAAGGAAAGUGAAAGAGUGAAAUGUUGGUAUCAUAACAAAAAAGGUGAGCCAGCAAAAAUUGAAAAAAACAGUGACAUACCUUUGUGUUCAACUCCAUUUAAAACAAAACAGUCUUUAGGAAAGGCUAUGAAAAAAAUUCAGCGUAAUUUGCCACAGUCUCCACGAAAAAGGCAACAUGUUGUGCAAUGUCUAGCUAACCAAUGUGGCUUUAAAGUAACUCCUCCAAUAGGAAGAACCAGACAAAAUGAAGUUUCAGAAAAGUUAAGAAAAUGGGUUCAUAUAUUUUAUCAGAAUGAUGAUGUCAGUUGGCAAGCACCAGGAAAGAAAGACAGAGUAAUAUACAAAGAUGUAGACAAGGAUGGAAAUAAAGUGAAACGUGAAGUCCAGGCUCGUUAUCUCUUGGUGUCACUAGGUGAGGCGUAUAAGGUAUUUGUAGAGAAACACCCACAGGUUACAAUUUGUCGAGCAAAAUUUUGUGCACUUCGUCCUAAACACUGUAAACUUUUUUCUCAAAUUCCACAUUUUGUGUGUGUAUGUUCCUAUCAUGAGAAUGUCAGAUUGUUGCUACUGGCACUGAAAGACUUUACAGACUUGCCAACAGAUUUUGAUUCCUUCAUUACUACUCUAGUGUGUGAUGCUUCAUCCAAAGAUUGUAUGACCAACCGUUGUGAAUCUUGUACUAACAGUAUAAGUCAACAUACACCUAAAGAUGAAGAUCUGAGAAAGCCACUUAAAUAUUCUCAGUGGCAAAACAAUGAUGGACAUUCAGAGAAGAUGGAGAUACUGAGUAGUGUGCAAGAAACAUUUGAAGAUUUGAAAAGCAAGUUGAAAGACUUUUUAGUUCAUACCUAUAUCAAACGCAUUCAAGCAAAGACAUUUGAAACCAUUAAAUCAAAUGUUAAUGGCAGUGAAAUUGUGAUUCAAGUUGAUUUUGCAGAAAAUGCAUCUCUGGUGAACCAAAAUGAAAUACAAUCAGCUCACUGGAGCCAUGGACAAUCAACUUUAUUUACAAUUUAUGCAUGGAUUAAUAAAAACCUAACUGAAGGGUGUGUAAUAGUAUCUGAUGAUCUUGAACACACCAAAUUACAAGUUUUUUGUUACAUUAAUCAUAUUCUUACGUAUUUGAAAACUUCCUACCCAGAUAUUAGUACAGUAAAUAUAUUCUCAGAUGGUGCUUCGUCACAGUUCAAAAAUCGUUUUAUUUUUUCAGUACUUGCCAAACUGGAAGAAAUUCACACCAUAAAACUUAAAUGGCAUUUCUUUGCGACUUCGCAUGGAAAAGGUGUUGUUGACGGUAUUGGGGGAACAAUUAAAAGAAGUGUCUGGAACCAUGUCAAGGCAAGUAGAAGCAUUGUAAACACACCAGAAAAGUUUGCAAGAAUUGCAGCAGAGCGAAAUCCCAACAUCACUGUGUGUUACAUCACAGCAGAAGAGAACAGAAGCAAGAACAACACAGUAGCUGAGAUAUGGGCCAAAGCAUUGCCAGUUGCAAACACACACAGUGUUCACUGCGUUACUCCUGUUGGAAACAAGUACAUUUUAGUUGGUGGUACCAGUGACAGUAAUGAAGUAUUUAGGAAAGUGAAAAUAAGCAGAGAUGAGGGCAGUAACAGUGAAGGAGACAUCAUGAGUAAUAGCACUAAAUGUAACCACGUGAAUCUAGACGACUGGGUUAUAGUUAAGUAUGAUGGCAAACUGUUUCCAGGGCUGGUGAAAAAAUUAAGGCCAGAUUAUGUUGGUGUAUCUGUUAUGCAUCUCUCAGACACUGGUAGUUACUACAAGUGGCCUUCACAAGAAGACUGCAUUUCAUAUUUAUUUAGUGAUGUGGUAAAAAAAAUUGAUGCCCCUAUUGUGACUGGGAGUAGAGGCCAGUUUCAGUUCACUAGCAAAAUAUGUGAAAAUUAAGAUUCAACCAAUUUCAAUUCAUGUUCAUUUCGUGAUUGCCAACAUUUCCUGCUCCUAGUUUGUUAUCCAUAUAGAGUAGGCCUAAUGUUAGCAUUUUUGUUAGUGGUAAUACAGUGAAAGAAAUGUAUCUCAAGGAAAGUGAGAAUAAGAAGAGAGAAAGACUGUGACAGUGACACUUAAGAAGAAACAUCAGUUAUAGUGAUAAAUGUAACCACCGAAGCCAUAUACUGGAUAAUAAGUUAAGUUCCUUUAGUAUUUUUAGUUAAGCUUUGUGAACCAAGUAUUUUUUUGUCAUACAUUUUACGUCCGACCCCAUCAUUUUACGUCCGACACCAAAGUUUAAAAAUGUAUACAUUUAUGAUAACUAAACAGUAUGAUUCAUCUAAUAUAUGCACAUUCUUUGUUAUUAUUCAGGCAAGCUGAAAAAAAUUAUAACAUAAUUUAAUAAUUUCAUUUUUCACAGACAUUAGUUACUUUAGCCCCUGAUGUGCCAAAUGUUUUGUUUUCUGUUUUACGUCCGACACCAAAAAUAAAAAACAAAUUGUUGCCUUGCAUGUUAGCAAAUUCGAACCAUUCCAUGUCAGGAUGUACCCUAUAAUCUCUCUUUUUUUACUCAAGCAUUAAUAUUAAUGAUACAUGGAAAAGAAUAGUAAUACGAAGAAGAUUACUCAACAAAUUUGUUUCCAAAUUUUACGUCCGACACCGUGGAACUGCCCAGUAGGUACAUUAUCAUAAUUUCAAUACCCAAGCCUUGAUUAUUUUUAUGCUUGAUACUUUUGUCUGAAGAAAGUUAAAAUAUAUUUAAUCAAACUUGGAUCUGAAUUAGAUACAUAAUUUAUACAAAAAUUUGAGAUGUAUAUUACAAAUGACACUGAACGAAAAAAUAUUAGCUGUGUCAUAAGUUCCACUAAAUUUGCAAAGUUUUACUGAGCAAAACCAACAUCCAAACUCUUUCAGGAUCAAGUCUACUUCUAUUCUUUGUGACAAUAUUCACCUGCUUGUUCAGUGGCUGGUGGAAGCUGAGAGCUGUCCCUGGCUGGUACAGGCCACUGUAACUCGGUGUAACUGUAACUGUAGGUCGGUGUUUCAUGUAACUUCAAUGUGUAUUAAAGUUCAAAAAUUCCCACCUCUACUUAUAUUAUUUUUCAAUAUUUUGAUGAUUAUUUAAUAUAUUUCUGAAUUAUAGUUUG